AGAAAACUUGCUAUGUCCAAGACGGAAAAUCUACAACUCAGCAGGAUAUGUGUAACUCUUCGGGCUGAGGAUAAACGUCGGAGAAAAAAUGCUUUGGAAGAACUUGAUAAGCUUGUAUUUGAGAUGGGGACACCCAUGGAAGUAAGCAAUGUGGCAGAGGUAUGGGAAACUGUUCAUCAAAAUCUGGUACGAACGUUGAGCGAUCAGGCAGAAGCUUGUCGUUAUUCUUGCAUUGAGUUACUGAAGAAGUUCCUAGACAUUUUAACACCUUGCGAUAAGAACAUAAUAUAUAUCAUACCUAUUGCAACCAAACGAUUGGGUUCCCAAGAAAUUGUAGAAAGCUCGGAAGAAGUCAGAUUGAACUUUGUUUCCCUCCUCAGACUAAUUGUGCGAAAAUAUAAAGAGUACUUGCCUGCUUAUUUGGACGAUUUUAUCACUAUAUUAAAUAAAACUGUCAUUGACAAUUACCCAAGCGUCAAGAAAGAGAGCUGCUCAUGUAUUUCGGAACUGGCUAUGGCAAUACCUAGACAUUUUUAUAAUCGUUCAGAGAACCUGAUCAAACCUACCUUAACAAACUUUAAACAUCAACAAUAUAAAGUAAGAGUGGCUGCCAUAACAACAAUUGGAGAUAUUGUGCAAUAUGGAAAUAAUAAGACAAUUGAAGAUGUCUGUACUCCUAUGGCCGAACGACUAUUUGAUCAAAGUGGAGCAGUGCGAAUGGCUGUUGUACAAAUUGCUGGGCGAUGGCUCUUAGAACUAAGGGACAGAUAUAGCUGGUGGCACAAGUUGAUUCCAUUACUGCUAACUGGGCUGCAUGAUGAGAUUGAGGCAAUAAGGAACUCAGCUGGAAAAUUGUGGGAAACAGUUGGUGAACAGUACAUCUCGGAGAAUGAUAAUGAUGAGAAACUCAAGGAUAAAUUGGACUUUCUUGACCAAUAUUCUGAGCAUUAUCCUCCGAACAUUGCUAGACCCAAUUUGGGAUGCCGCACAAUAGCUCAACAAAACUUGAGCAAGCUUAUCGGUGGCAUUGGGAAGGAACUUGGAGAUUGGAUGGCGGAUAUUAGAGUUCGGUCUGCUCAAUUGUUGUGCGUUCUCGUUCUCAAUGUGGAACAAGAUGUAACUCAACAUAUCGAAAAGAUUCUGCCACCUAUGUAUCGAGCUUGUAAUGAUGAGGAUAAAAGGGUUAUUGUUAACGUCGAGCUUGCUGCUGAAUAUAUGGGAUAUUUUGUACCCCCAGAUAUAUAUUGUCACUUGGUAUUGCCCACACUGGAGGAGAAUCCCACAUCUGGUCAUCUCAGAGUUUUUUCAGCAAUAAUCAGAGGAAGUGAUCGAAAGGGACUUGUUCCAAAGCUUGAAAAAAUUAGCAGCUUCUUGCGGCAGUCCCACAUCUGCCGGGGCAAGAAUUACAAUUAUCAAGAACAAAUUCUUUCAUGCUGCAAAUCUCUGAUGUCCGUAUGCAAUGAGGACUGCCACAUCAGUUCCCAAGAUCUUUUUACAGUGAUUUUCACAGUGCUAUCACUGGCGAGUGAUGAAAAAAUUCGCAACGAUUCUAUUGAAUUGUUGAAAGAGCUAACAGUCAUUGAGGAGUUGACAGACAUAGAAGAAUUGUAUAAAUGUCACUUGGAGUCAAUGUUAAAACUUAUAAACGGUAGUCCCGAAUCAUGGACUAUUUACAGCGCCGAAUUUCUCAUUCUACAAGCCUGUUUGAUUCACACUGGACCUGUCGCUUCCCAGCAUCUAGAUUUAAUACUACCGAUACUGAAGCUCACAACAGCUAAAGAUGCUGAUCCGGAAUUGAGACUUAAACAGUUUCUUUUGCUUUCAAACUACUUAAUGCGAAGGCAAGUAACUUUGAAGAUGGCUGAAAAUCUUUCUGAGUUUAUUAGUAGUCUUCUAGAAGAGAUUAUUGUGCCCAAUUUGGUCUGGUCAGCUGGCAGAGUAGCUGAAGCUAUUCGAACAGCAGCAGUUUGUUGUCUGUGCGCUGCUUUAGAUGAAAGUCCCAAUUAUUCUGAGGACGGAACUGAUGAAACUGAGUCUCAACAUUCAUGUGAAUCAAAACGUAUACGACAAACUGAAAAUAAAUUAUCCAAUAUCGAUUUACUCCAAGACAAAACUGACACAGAAAAAGAAAAAGACCUCGAGAAUGAAGAGAAUUCCAAAAUUGAAAAUAACAAGCCCUCAAAUGAACUACAGUUAUUCCCGAACUCCGAAUCUUUUUUGAAAUUAUUUGGUGAAGUUAUGCCAAUUCUGAUAAGCCUGGUUGACGACAAUGCCAAAAAGACAAGACUAUAUUCCCUGCGAGCUAUCUGCCAAAUUAUGAGAAUAGGUGAGAACCUAUCUUGUCUCAGCGAAGAACACGUGCAUCAAGUGUACCCUGUGGUCUUGAAAAGAUUGGAUGAUGGUUGUGACGACGUGCGAUAUUUAGCAGUAAAAACUCUCAGUAUUGUGUGGGCUGCUGCACCCAAGAAUUACGAUGUUGUAUUUAGUAAAAGUCAUGUCGAUGCGCUUUAUACCAGCACUAUAGUGCAUUUAGAUGAUCCAGAACCAAAAUUUCAGGAGACCAUGCUCGAGGCGAUGAAACCGAUGGUCAGACUACACCCAGAACUUCUCUCUCAAAAAAUCCAAAACUGUAGAGGAAAUUUCCGCAACCAGAAGAGCCUGGAGGUGCUACUAAAACACGCGCACGACCUUCUUGCGGGGAAACUAUAACAGAGGCGAAAAGUACUUGGAAACAACUGGAAGUCAUCGUUUCGCAUUGAAUCGACGUAUAAUUCAUUAUGCAAUGAAUAAACUGAAUAAGCUGCAUGUGUGUAGAUAUAGUCUGUGAGCAUAUUCGAUUAUGCCUUAUGCAAGGGAGCAAAUGUUGGGCAAUUGUAUUGUCCAAAUAAAUAAAAAUUUGACAUCCAUUAAAAAUAUCUAAGCGAUAA